AUGAGGAAGGGAGCCAUGAGAGAGAGGAACACAAGCGAGGAAGAUGACGUGAGGAACAAGCCACCACAAGAAGAAGAGUACUUUGAGGAGAAACGUAACCUAGAAGAUUUGUGGAAAGUUGCGUUUCCAGUGGGAACAGAGUUUGAACACUUAGAUGCACUCUACAGAUUCAACUGGGAUUUCAAAAACCUAGAAGAAGCAUUAGAGGAAGGAGGGUUUCUCCAUGAGAGGAAAGUCUAUGUCUUCGGUUUUGCAGAACCACAACACUUCGUUGACGACAAGGAACAAGAACAUCUCAUCAAUGUCCCAACGGUUGUUGUCAUAGACUCAACCAUUGAGCCUUCUAACAAGGUAGCAAUCGCAUCCAUACAGAGCGCAAGGGAAGAAACCAUUACCAUGAAGGAGAUGAGAAUGGGUUGGUUUCCUUACAUCCCUUUACAAGAAAGAGACAAACAAGUCGAAAGAACAAACUCUCGUAUCUUCACUUUGUGCUGUAACCAGAGGAGAGCUGCUCUCAGAAACAUGAAGGUGGAACGUGUUAAGAAGUUUGAGUAUUGUCUUCCUUAUUUCUUUAAACCGGGUAGGGAGGAAGAUGAGAUUCCUCAAAGUACUGUGGUCGAUGUACUGUUCCCAUCUGACCCGCCGGUUUAUUGUGUAUUCGACUGGGAGUUAGACAAUCUCGAGGAGUUUACUAAUCAAAGGAUUGAAGAGGAAGUGUUAUCUGUGGAACAAAAGGAUGAGUUCAAAGAGUUUGUUAAAGAGAGUGUAAGAGCAGCAAGGAGAGCUAACAGAGAGGCUAGAGAUGCUAGAAGGAGAGAGGUUGAAGAGAUGAGCCAAGAGACUAGGCAAGUCUUUGAAAACAUGAAAGUGUACAAGUUCUACCCUCAGAACUCACCAGACUUUGCUAGAAACAUGCAGAAGAAUAGGUUCAUCAACAGAUACUACGGGAAUGCUCAUCAAUUCCUUUGA